GUCUGACGAAUCUGCGCGCCGGUGCGGGCGCUCCAGCGGCUUCUAAUUAAAGCCGGCCCGGAGCCCUCGGGGACCCGCCUGACGCUGGCGGGCGCCAGGAUAAGAAGCGCCCCGAGCUCGGCUGCGGGUCUCGGCGCCGGCGCACCCAGGACCGCCGGUCCACCUCGGAGCGACGACUCCCGCAUCCCGCGUGCCCUGCACUGUACGAGCCAGGCGCGCUGGGCAUGGAGUAGCGGGGUGCGCGGGCUCGGGGCGCACGGACUCCGGGUGCACGGGCUCGGGGCGCAGGCACACGCUCGAGGACUCCGAGGCUCCCGGCGCGGGCGCAGCGAGCGGAGCUCCGAGAGCGCGCGGAAUCCGCCCGCCGCGCCCGAGCUGCGAUGCGCGGGCCCGGGCGCCCCCUCCUCCUGGGGCUGCUGCUCCUGCUGGGGGCGGCAGGGCCCGGCCAGGGGGCCGCGGAGCCCCGGGAGGCCGCGGACAGGCAGACGCUGCUGCGCCUCAUGGUGGAGAUCGUCCAGGAACUCAGGAAAUACCACUCCGGGGACCCGAAGAGGCUGCGGAUCCUCGGCGCGCAGGACGACGCCCUGCGCCCCGGGGAGGCCGCGAACUACGGCGCCGACCCGGAGGAGCAGAGAGUGGAAAUUGUUCCUAGAGAUCUCAGGAUGAAGGACAAGUUCUUAAAACACCUCACAGGUCCUCUCUAUUUUAGCCCAAAGUGCAGCAAACACUUCCACAGACUGUAUCACAACACCAGAGACUGCACAGUCCCCGCAUACUACAAGCGAUGCGCCCGGCUUCUCACCCGCCUGGCCGUCAGUCCCAUGUGCACCGAGGGAUGAGCAGUGAGCAGAGCUGUGAGGGAAACACCAAGACCAGAGAAGUGCCUUGGACAGCAACAGAGAAGCGGAGCUGUCUUUGUGAACAAGAGAUUUAUUUUUGCAGACAGACCCCAUCCAAACUCCCCGAGUUCUGUGUGCUGCUGACCCCAGGUAGAGGUUCAUGUUCCACAGGGCACCACGUCUGUCAUUGAACCUGCUAUUUGUUAUAGAACCAGAGAAUGCCCCACAUUGGUUUGUGUUGUAUAGUAACAUCAGACUUCAUUUUCCUAUUAGGUGAAACCACAGAUUAUUUCUUUAGAAACAUAGGCAGAAUUUCAAACUAUAUUUUCAUAUAGCAUACACUAUGAUUUGAUAUUUUUAUUACUUUUUCAAUUAAACUCCCAGAGUAUUAUUUGGUAUUGCAUGAAAAAUUAAAAAAAAAAAAACACUCUAGUUGUGUUUUGGAGACAGUGGAGUGUAAAUCUGUGAAUAUAUCAGGCUAAUUCCCUUUGUCCUCUGUAUAACAGAUGUAAUAUAGUAUGCCAGCUAUUGUGCAAUAUGUAAAUACUGUAAAUAAAGACAUAAUAAAUGAAGUGUUUGUUAUAAUG